CUUCAAAGAGAGGAAUGAAAAAAGGCGAAUUGGACUUCAGAUCUCAAGUCUUUGGAUGAGCAAAUUUGCACUCGAGAGUAUUUGUAUAAUUUCUCUCAACAGGCGACUAGGCAGCUUGGAUCCAAAUCUCCCCCAUAACUCGGAGCAGAUGAAAUGCAAGAGAGCUGCGCAGGACCUCUUGAGAUGCAAUUUCGAGUGUGAAGAAGAUCUCACGUGGAAAAUUUACCCAACCAAAACUUCCAAGACGUUACAAGAGUCUUUGAAGACGCUGACAGAAGUGUGUGACAGGACACUCUGGGAGUUCAAAGAGGGGAUAGAAGAAAGGAACGCGAGAGACCCCGAUCGCAGACUCAACAUGGUUGAACAACUGUUACUGGAUCAGGAACUCUCACACCAGGACAUUGUCACCUUCAUGACUGAUCUCCUACCUGGCGGAUCGGAGACAACAACCAGUACUCUUAUAGUGCUCUUAUAUCUCCUGGCCAAAUACCCACAAGUUCAAGCCAAAGACCAAGAGGAGGUUGAUCGUGUGCUUGGAAGGGACUCUAGCCCAAUCACUGCGAAGCAAGUCAAUCAGUUGUCUCAUAUCAGAGCAACAAUGAAAGAAAGCUUUAGUGGAAUUGUCUAAUGGUGGGUGCUGUCUCUGCCUUGGAUGAGUCACAGUUCGCUCAGCCACAAGACUUUGUCCCUGAUCGCUGGCUGCAACAUCGUCCCCUGGGCCAGAUCCAUCCUUAUGCCUCACUGCCAUUUUCACAUGGAACGCGCAUGUGCAUUGGUAUUCGCAUCAUGGAACAGAUUCCGUCUAUUUU